UUUCUCAUUUUCAUCGACCAGGUCAGUCCAAGAUCGAUCCUUGGCAUCCACAGCAUCCAGCACCAGUCCUCAUGUCGUCGUCGUCGGCCCACGAUACUCUCUCUAACGUCGAUAUCUUCCGUUUGAUGGUACAGCUGCAGCACGGGCUUCCUGGUGUGCUCCACGAGUACGUCAAAGACGCUAGUGCAAUGUCCUUUCGACACACUCGGGUUGGCUACGACACGACGAGCCAACCCAUUGGCAUCUACUACGUGCCGAUGGCAUCGAAAGUUCGAUUCGACGACUCCAUGGACCUCCUCCACGUGGCCCUCCAUCAUAGCGACAUGUAUCUACGGGCAAACGACCUCUACCUCAACAACCACCAUCGCGACCCACGACUAGGGUUGCAUCUCGCUGUCUUUGACGGUAAUUUGACGGCCGUCCAGGGUCUUCUCGCGCACAACCCUGCUUGGGCGUCGGGCGAAGCAUUGUCGUGCGCCGUCAAGUUCGGUCACCGCUCUCUGGUCGAGUAUUUCGUUCAGGCCCGAAAAAACAACCCGUUGCUUUCGACAUAUGCGCUUCCGGACGCGAGCCUGGUGCUGGACAUCGCCGCGAUGCACGGCCAUUACGACCUCCUCGAGUACCUGCAUCCGUACGAACCGAAUGGAUGUACAUUCCGCGCCAUGGAUCACGUGGCAGCGCGGGGCAACGUGGCGAUGCUGCAAGUCCUGCACACGACACGCAGCGAAGGCUGCUCGACUGCAGCUAUGGACACGGCGGCGACAUGUGGACAUUUAGAAGUCGUGAAGUUUCUACAUGCCCACCGCCAAGAAGGGUGUACGACCAAGGCGUUGGACGGCGCGGCGCGAGAAGGCCAUCUGGACGUCGUGCGCUUUUUGAGCGAGAACCGCCGGGAAGGGUCGACACCCGCGGCCCUUCGACUCGCGGCGGAACAUGGCCAUCUGGAAGUGCUCAAGUUUCUGCAUGUUCGGCACCGCGUGGGGUGGUGCGCGCACUUGUUGGACGCGGCGGCGCGUCAUGGCCACAUGGACAUCGUCAUGUACUUGCACGAUCGCGGCGAGCGGUGCUCGUCGGCGGCGAUGGACUUUGCCGCAGCCAAUGGCCAUUUGGAAGUGGUCCGUUUUCUCCACACUCAUCGCCGGGACGGUUGUUCCGUGCACGCAAUGGACCUGGCGGCAACAAAUGGACAUCUGGAACUUGUGAAGUUUCUUCACACCAAGCGCAUUGAAGGGUGCACGACAGCCGCGAUGGACGGGGCGGCGUGGCAUGGUCAUUUGAAAGUGGUGCAAUUUCUGCAUGAGAAACGGAGGGAGGGGUGUACACGGGGCGCCAUGGACUGGGCGGCGACCGCUGGACAUUUGGCGAUUGUGCAAUUUCUGCACGAGCGGCGGACCGAGGGGUGUACGACCGUUGCCAUGGACGGCGCCGCAUGGAACGGCCAUCUGGACGUCGUACAGUACCUUCACAAACAUCGUAGCGAAGGAUGCACCAAGGCUGCCAAAGACAACGCCCAGCGAAACGGACACACGCACAUUGUCACAUUUCUCGACCUGACGCGGCUCUACACGACCAAGAAGCCAUCGUCGCCGCCACCGCCAAAGCCAACCAAGGCAGAAAGCGGCCAGUCGAUGUGGCAAAAGCUCACGGGGGCCAUGAUGCCCCGUCGACGCCGCAUUAGGCAAGAAAGAAUGAGUGGACUGCCCAUGUAAGGGCACCGGAAGGUGACCGACCCAGUGUGCAUGUCUAGUCAAUUUUGGAACAGUUAAUGUAAUAAUGUAUGUGGAGUAGACUUGCUA